AUGUUCCCUCGGCUAGUUUGUAUCAAUGAUUAUGAACAGCAUGCUAAGUCAGUGCUUCAGAAGUCGAUUUAUGACUACUAUAGGUCUGGAGCAAAUGAUCAGGAAACAUUGGCUGAUAAUGUUGCAGCAUUUUCCAGAUGGAAACUGUACCCGCGGAUGCUCCGGAAUGUUGCCGAAAUAGACCUUUCCACUUCUGUUUUAGGGCAGAGGGUCAGCAUGCCAAUAUGUGUGGGGGCCACUGCCAUGCAGUGCAUGGCCCACGUGGAUGGUGAGCUGGCGACUGUGCGAGCCUGCAGGUCACUAGGAACUGGCAUGAUGUUGAGUUCCUGGGCCACCUCCUCCAUUGAAGAAGUGGCAGCUGCUGGUCCCGAGGCACUUCGCUGGCUGCAACUGUAUAUCUACAAGGACCGAGAGGUCACCAAGCAGCUGGUGCGGCGGGCAGAGCGGAUGGGCUACAAGGCUAUAUUUGUGACUGUGGACACCCCUUUCUUGGGCAACCGAUUUGAUGAUGUGCGUAACCGGUUCAAGCUGCCACCCCAACUCAGAAUGAAAAAUUUUGAAGCCAAUGAUUUAGCAUUUUCUCCUAAGGAAAAUUUUGGAGACAACAGCGGACUUGCCACUUAUGUGGCUAAAGCAAUAGAUCCAACUAUCAGCUGGGAGGAUAUGAAGUGGCUGAGGGGACUGACUUCACUACCAAUUGUUGCAAAAGGCAUUCUGAGAGGUGAUGAUGCAAGGGAGGCAGUUAAACAUGGCUUGGAUGGGAUCUUGGUGUCAAAUCAUGGGGCUCGACAACUUGAUGGGGUGCCAGCCACAAUUGAUGCUUUGCCAGAAAUUGUGGCAGCUGUGGAAGGGAAGGUGGAAGUCUUCCUGGAUGGGGGUGUACGGCGAGGCACUGAUGUUCUGAAAGCUCUGGCGCUGGGAGCUAAGGCUGUGUUUGUGGGGAGACCAGUCAUUUGGGGCCUGGCUUCUGAGGGAGAGAAAGGUGUUCAAGAUGUGCUUGAGAUACUAAAGGAAGAAUUCCGGUUGGCCAUGGCUCUGAGUGGGUGCCAGAAUGUGAAAGUCAUCGACAAGACAUUGGUGAGGAAAAAUCCUUUGGCCGUUUCCAAGAUCUGACAGUGCACAAUAUUUUCCCAUCUGUAUUAUUUUUUUCAGCAUGUUUUACUUGACAAAGAGACACUGUGCAGAGGGUGACCACAGUCUGUAAUUCCCCACUUUGAUACAAAGGGUGUCGUUCUUCUCCAACAAAAUAGCAAUCCCUUUUAGUUCAUUGCUUUUGACUUUUCAAUGGGUGUCCUAGGAACCUUUUAGAAAGAAAUGGACUUGCAUCCUGAAAAUAUAUUAACUGUUAAAAAGAAAACAUUGAAAAUGUGUUUAGACAACGUCAUCCCCUGGCAGGCUAAAGUGCUGAAAAACAAAAGAUAUUCUUUGGUAAAAUUGGAGGUAGCUAAUGCUGAGGUAAGAAGAUAGUGAUCUCAUUUUAUUAACCUGCAUUGUGUUUAAACAUCCUUCAAGCAGUGUUCUUAAUUUGUCAGCUCUCCUUCAUAAAAUUGGACAUGACUGGUGAAACAGGGGAUGUGGAUUCACAACACUGUGAAGGUAGACGAUGAAUUUGGGAUAAUUUGAUGGUAAUUUUGAU